UUACAUUAUUUGAGAAAAGGCAGUUACACCAGCAGGAGAUCUGGGACAGCUUUGCAUCUUUACUAGGGACUGCCAGUGAAUCCUCGGCAGGUGGAAGCUUCCCUGGAACUGUCCUUUGCCCCACGAGGCGGUCGCAGGGGCUGGCAGUUUUAAGAUCAGACGGCUAAUUGGCACGUGAAGAGUGCAUAUUGACCGUCCUGCUUCUGCUUCGUUUUGGAAGUUACCGUGAUGAUAUAGAACAAUGUCGUGUAAAGCGUGGGGAGGGAGAGCGGCUGGCUGUGGCAAGUGGUGGCCAGGAGAUAAACCUGUUCCAGAUGUAGAAAUAAGGGCAUACAGGACAUAUUGCUGAUAUGAAUAUAUUUUUAGAUGAUCCAGAAUUUGCAGAGAUUAUUCUGAGAACAGAACAAGCUAUAGAAUGUGGAGUUUUUCCAGAAAGAAUCUCUCAAGGAUCCAGUGGGAGUUACUUUGCCAAGGAUCCAAAAGGGAAAAUUAUUGGAGUGUUCAAACCAAAAUCUGAAGAGCCUUAUGGACAUCUAAAUCCAAAAUGGACCAAAUAUUUUCACAAAAUUUGUUGUCCUUGCUGCUUUGGCAGAGGCUGCCUCGUUCCAAAUCAGGGAUACCUCUCUGAAGCUGGUGCCUAUCUUGUGGAUGAGAAGCUGGGGCUGGGAGUUGUACCUAAAACUAAGGUCGUCUGGCUUGUCAGUGAGACCUUUAAUUACAGUGCAAUAGAUCGUGCAAAGUCAAGAGGAAAAAAGUAUGCUUUAGAGAAAGUGCCAAAAGUUGCUAAAAAAUUUAAUCGAAUUGGACUACCUCCUAAGGUUGGCUCCUUCCAGUUGUUUGUUGAAGGAUAUAAGGAAGCUGACUACUGGCUCAGGAAGUUUGAAACUGAUCCUUUACCUGAGAACACAAGGAAAGAAUUUCAGUCACAGUUUGAAAGAUUGGUUAUCUUGGAUUAUGUCAUCAGAAACACAGACAGAGGUAAUGAUAACUGGUUAGUCAGGUACGAAAAAGAAGAUGAUGGACUUGAUCUUUCAGAUAAGGAUAGCCAAUGGACUAUAACUAAAGAAUCUAUUAAAAUUGCUGCAAUUGACAAUGGUUUAGCAUUUCCUUUUAAGCAUCCUGAUGAGUGGAGGGCAUAUCCCUUUCACUGGGCUUGGCUUCCUCAAGCAAAAGUUCCUUUCUCUCAGGAGACCAGAGAUCUUGUUCUUCCUCGCAUUUCUGAUAUGAACUUCGUACAGGACCUUUGCGAAGAUCUUUAUGAACUGUUUAAGACUGACAAAGGAUUUGACAAGGCUACUUUUGAAAACCAGAUGUCUGUUAUGAGGGGACAGAUACUAAACCUUACUCAGGCAUUAAAGGAUGAAAAAAGUCCCAUUCAGCUUGUUCAGAUGCCACGUGUGAUUGUAGAGCGAAGUAGCACUGGAAGUCAGGGCCGAAUUGUUCACCUGAGUAAUGCAUUCACACAGACCUUUCAUAGCAGGAAGCCUUUCUUUUCCUCCUGGUAGCAACAAAAAUACGUGGGAAGAGUAAGUUCUCUUAACUUCAGAAAGCUACUUUUGUGUAAAGGCUCUGCAAUAACGUACUUCUGCUGUAUACCAAGAGCUCUGACUGCCAACACCUCAGAACUUAAAUUCUAAAGACUUAAGAAAUGUAUUUUGAAUGUAAUAAAAGUUUACAAUUUUUGUGUCAAAAUUGUGAAUUCUUACGUCAGGGAAUGAGAAGAAUUUGUCCAUACUAUAUUUUUAUAGGCUAAAUUAAUGUAUUCUGAAUAAGGGAAGCUAGUUUGCAUAUGCUGAAAAACUAAUUUUGAAUACAGUAGGAUUUUUUUUGUUUAAUAUACAUGUGAGAAUCUAUACACUAUCAAUUUCUUUUUAUAUGGCCUUUGGAAAAAAAAUUUCAGAAUGUUAUCUUUGAUUGUGAAAAAUGCUUUUCCUUGGAAUUUUUUCCUGAUAUUUUAAACUGGUUAUAGAUUUUUGUAGGCUAGUUACUUGAAAAGUCAUGCACUUAAAAUAAUAAUCUGUCCUUGACAAACAAGUAGGAGAAAGGGAGAAGGGGAAAAAAUGCUCCAACUACUUUUUUUUUUUUUUUGCACGCAGGGACCAAAAAUAGUUAAGUAGGUGAAUUACAGCAAAAUUCAACCUGAAUGAAUACACAGUUUCUACUGUGACAAUAGAAACUGAGUGUACAUUUCAGAGGUUGAAGUUUCAUUGUAGUGUUUAGAACUUGUGUAUUUAAGCAUAUAUAUGGAAAUUUGUGAUAUUUCUUUAUAGAUGCAUCACAAUGAAGGAAUUGCACCGUGUUGUUAGGUUUCUUUUGCCAUGCACUAUAAAUGUGUUCAUCAGUUGUCACCAAAGUGGUUCUGCACUGUUAGUGACAGAAUCACUGUGUUCAUCACGAAGCCAGUUUGCCUUCUAAAUUUCUAGCUAAACACAGUUUUUGGUUUUUUGACUGGAAAAAAGAGAACACUUUUUUUUUGACUGGAAAAGACUGUAAUGCAUACAGCAGAGAAUUAUUAUUGUGCUCUUAGCAAUGUCAUGCUCCCCUGCCAAUUGCCAUUUGCAUUUAUGUUUAAAUUACCUGGUUUAAGACUUGAUGGUCAUGUUUCUAGGUCUGCGGCUUCUGUAACGUGAUAAAUAUUUUUAUUUUAGUAAUUUCCUGGACAUUUAAGACUGGGAAUGGGAGAAAGAUUGCUGCUUUUAUGAAACUUUCAGUAUUUCAGACAUUGCUGUAUUUUGUAAUUCUAAGCAAUACUGUUGGAACUCAGAAAUAAUAAAAUGCUUGUAUUUUAUGUAAUUUUGAGUGUAUGUAAAUAUUAAUGUAGCACGUUAGCAAAGUCACAAAACUGAGAUGUUUAAGCCUUAAAUGUAAAUCCCACCGCAAGGUGGAGCUCGAAAGGAGAUGGAAACGCCCACCUUUAUAAACUUGACAUGAUUGUUUUUAUCCAGACGGUUUAUUAAAAAAUUAAAGACAGUGUUGAUGCA